GCUGUCAAGCACGGUUGGAGCACCCCGUCGCCGGCCAUGCUGCCGACGCAGCCGCUACCCGCCUGCGGCCACUUCUGUAUUUCCAGGCCAGCGGCAGUACGCCACAUCUUGGAACAAGGUGCCAUUGCAGGCGCGCGGCAGCUGCUGAUUCCGGUUGCGGAAUUCGCGCACACGUGCGAGGGCCAGGCAGCAAGCUGCUCCUGUUCCGUGUGUGAACCUCGACAACCUCUCUUGGUUUCAACAAGGCCAAGAUGCAACGCCGCCAGUUGAGACGACCAAUGCCGUCAAAGAAGCUCUGGCCACGCACGGCAUUUUCACCGUCAGAGGCCAUGGCAUCUCGCAGGAGGUGCUCCAGACGGCCAGGGAGGAAUCGGCCGGAUUUUUCAACCAGCCGCUUGCGGCGAAGCAGUGCUGCGCUGUGUUUGGAAUGGAGCGCAACCGUGGGUUUGAAAUUUAUCCUCAUCAUCAACGAUUCCUAGACCAAUGGACGGAGAUAGCAGAUAUCCCAAUGGAUGCACAUCCUGAGCCGUCUGCUCGUCAAGGCAUCGUCUGCGAGCGAUUUUGCUGUGGGCCUCCUGAAGUGUGUGAGCCUGCCGCACCCAUGAAAGCCUGGAAGCUGGACGACUUUUAUCACUCAGAGUAUGGAAAGGUCUUCUUCGCGCCCAAUGUGUGGCCGGCCGCGCCGGAUGCCUUCAAGGCGUCAGGUGCCUUGGAUGCCUCAGAUGCCUCGUGCCGGGACUUGCAGCCUUCCCUUCUGGCAGCCUUUGGCGCUCUGGAAGCGCUGGCUGAAGCCCUGCUGCUGCUUCUGGCUGAAGCUGUAGACAUGGAACCGGAGCCAUUGAGAAAGCUAUUGGUCGAUGAUGGGCGGAUUCGACACUCCAGCAUGUUGCAGGUGUGCAACUAUCCCUCCCUCCUUCCGCGGCAGCUUCGACCCACCGAGUCUGAGUACCAGCUGCGGGCGAAAGCCCACCAGGAUUUCGGCGCCUUCACCAUCCUGUCGAGGUGCCCAGGCACGGACUCCGGCAAGCUGAAAUGUGGCCGCAGUGGCGCUUUGGAGGUCAGAUUGCCGAGUGGAGACUGGAUGUGCGUACCUGCCAAACUUGAAGAGCUGACUGUGAUGCCUGGCACGCUGAUGGAGUACUUGUCUGCAGGACGCUGCCCUGGCGUCACGCACCGUGUCACAAAUCCGCCGUCUGAGAAAGCAUCCGCAUCGCGACGGCUUUCCCUGACAUAUGUUGUCAAGCCAGACUACACAGCCCCGGCAGUACCACCGGGUAGCAAGCUGGCCUCGGAUCCCUCUACGCCAGCACUUGGGGAUUUGUGGCGGGUAGGAUGGCAGGAGAAGCAGCGACUGACCGGAGCCAUGCCCCAUGGCGAGGCCGUGCAGUACUUCCACAGACAUCGGCAGGAGCUGCGAAAGCGGCUGCUGCUUCAAGGUUGAUGGCCUGUCCGGAACAAGCACAUUUGCAAGAGUAGUCAGCGUGGUCGCUUCAGUGCCUGCCGCCUUGGCGCCACAGGAAGUGCGCGCAGGGGGGGGGGCGCAGACUUGGUUGACAAAGCUGACUUUACUGCGGCCUGAUUGGACCAACGUCACGGUGGAAGCUCGCAGGCUGCAGCUUCUGCAGCCGGUGGCUGGUGAGCUCAACUUCCACGAGUGGGUCCUUAAAAUUGGAUGUUGAAGGACCUCCCCGCACGUGCGGUCUGC